AUGCCAUUCACGUCCUUUGUCAGCCGCUUCUUCACCCGCUCCUUUGGCCUCUCGUCGCCCAAAAUGUCCAUUGCUCCCGAGGGCACCGGCGCCGCCGCCACUUCCACCCUUCCCGACGGCGCGCAGCUCUGCACCGUCGCCGCCGGCUGCUUCUGGGGCACCGAGCACCUCUACCGACGCCACUUUGCCGGCAAGGGCCUCCUCGACGCCAAGGUCGGCUACAUUGGCGGCGACCUGACCGAUCCCAGCUACCGCGCCGUCUGCGGCGGCAAAACCGGCCACGCCGAAGCCGCCCAAAUCAUCUUUGACCCGAAGCAAGUCUCGUACCGCCAGCUCCUCGAGUUCUUCUACAAGUUCCACGACCCCACCACGCUCAACGCUCAGGGCCCCGACACCGGCCCGCAGUACCGCUCCGCCAUCUACUACCACGACGCCGAGCAGGAAAAGGUCGCGCGCGAGGUCACGGCCAAGGCCAACGAGCAGUGGUGGAAGGGCGCCAUCGUCACCGAGAUUGCGCCCGCCGGCAAGUGGUGGACCGCCGAGGAGUACCACCAGCUGUAUCUCGACAACAACCCGGCCGGGUACGAGUGCCCCAGCCACUUCCUGCGACCCUUUAAGCCGCUCGAGUGA